ACGUUCCUGUGCGACGGGACCAACACUUGACUCCCUUGCAAGACCAAGUCACAUUAUACGUCUGCCCUCCGACCCGACCACUCAACCGUGACCAUCCCCUGAGACAAGGAUCGCCAGUAGCAUCGAUAAACGACCGUGCGCUGUAAUCCCGUUGGCCUUUUUUACAGCUCGCAAGGCUGUUCGCGCACCUAUCGUUCAGCUCGUCCCGGUGACGUGUGCCUUUUGUUGUGCGUCGUUAGCGAGUUUCGCCGGUUAACAACGUCGUGAGUGAAUUGCCGAGACUUUGUGAAUCAAACAGUUGACACGAUCACGCGAAACCAGGACUCUUAUGGGCUUGGGUCCUCCCAAUCCCAUUCGCCGAGACGAAGAUUAUUGCGGACGAGCUCGUGAUUUGUUGAACAUUUAUGGCAUCGGUUAAAUCUUGGGGAUUAACAAUCGAGUAGAUGAUCGAGACCUUGAAUCGAUCGGAUCAGGAUCUCCGAUGGGACAACGAGUGCCAAGUGGAAGCGAAAGUUGGUCAUCAGGUUUUCUUCAAAGUUAAGAAGCCUUUUAAGAAGAAGUGCGGGAGGAAGUGUAUCGGUCAUCGAGCGUUUAUCAAAUAUUCAUCUGGUGGACCUUGAAACGUCACGAGAUCGAAGACCGAGAAGAAUGCUUUAGAAUGCUGUCCUCUUCGAUAUCGACUCCGUUCAGCGUUCGCGAUAUCCUCAACGAAGACCAGCAACUCGGCAUCAUGGAUUGCUACCCGCAUCACCAGAACCAGGCUCAGCAGCAACACGUGCACCAAGAUUAUUACCCAUACAACGUGGUGCCUGAGAACAACUGGGAGAUUGACAAAUUUAAGGAGCAAUCGAUGCCCAGUUACCAGCAUUACUCGGAUCUCAAUCAUGUCCAUCAGCUGAGUCAAGUGGUACCGCCUUACCAGGAGACUUCCAUCACGGAGGACGGCAACAUCGUGACAUCUAGCAAGACGGAACUGCGCAAAAGCCAGUCUGGCAAGAGGACAAAACGGAAGCCCAGAGUGUUGUUCUCACAAACACAGGUUUACGAGCUGGAGCAGCGCUUCAAGCAGCAGAGAUACCUGAGCGCGCCCGAGAGAGAAAUGCUGGCUCAGAGUCUGAAGCUGACCAGCACGCAGGUGAAGAUCUGGUUCCAGAACCGCCGGUACAAGAACAAGCGCGCCCGGAUCGAGGACGCCGAGAAGCUGCAGGCGCAGAGCAUGAAGAGCCAGCCCCUGAAGAAGAUCUCCGUGCCGAUCCUCAUCAAGGACGGCAAGCCCAACGUGCAGGAGGCCUACAACGGGCCCUAUUGGCCGAACAACAUCCGCCCGGACCUGGCCGCUCCGAUGCAGACGGACUUCAGGAGCAACGACAUCCGCCUGAGUCCCGACUUCAGGUCCAACUCCACGAGCGAGAUGCGAAUCGACUCGAGCAUCAGUCCGGAGUACAAGUCGGAACUGAGCUCGGAAAUGGCCGGCAGGUCGAGUCUGAGCGACAUGCUGGACAACAGGCAGCACGUCCUGAGCGCCGAGUACAGGAGCAACUUCGCGACGGAAGCCUCACCGAGCGUGCACGACUGCAACCGGCUGAUCAAGACCGAGUACAAGGCGUGCGUGAGCGGCAACGAGGCGUUCCCCGAGCUAAAGCAAGUCCCGGCCGACAGCAAGCAGCUCGUCAGCGACAGGCGAAUGCCCAUGGAUGUCUCCAACGGCGAUUACAGCUUCUCCGGCUACCUCGGCCCGCCCAAUUACCAGAUGCAAUACGUCAAUUACAUGGAACAGGUGCCCAUGGAGCAGAACCUGCAGCGACUGUGGUAGGCGCGCCUCCACGCGGGGGCUCUCGUCAAGUUUCACCGGCUCGGUCGUGCUCUCAUCGGCAAGCACGCGAUUUACGAUCGAUCCUUAAGGUCGCCUCUUGAAUUCUUUUGAGCAGCGCUGAACUUUGCACGUCUUCGAUAAAUAUUGACCAUUCAUUACCGAUCAGGUGCGGGAGGUUGAUUGAACGGCGACGUUGACGGCAAAGAAUGUCGUCUAAGAAUGAUUUACUUGUACCAUUAAGUAUUAUAAGCGGCCAUUUUGCGGCCGAUACAUGAUCAAGAUGGGCGAUACCCGCUAAUCUCAUACUUUAAGUUUAUUUAAAGAGGUAUGCGCAUAAAUUGCUCGACACACUCAACCACUCGAAACAAUGAAGAAAGCAGGGAACUUGAUCCAGCGUGUAUACUCUGUAUGUUCACAUAAAUUCUUACGACACGUAAACGGUAAACCUUAAACGUUAAGAGAGCUGCUUAGGGCACAAGUUGGCGGUAGAUUGGCAGCUGUUUUUUAGUCGGCUAAAAUUUUCCCCCCAAAGUCGUAAUGCGCCACGUAGAAGAGGGCGGAAGUCGCUUCAAGUGGUCUUUGCGGAAACACCGAGCGUUUUCCGUCUCGUUAUGCGUGUCCCGAAAGUUUUUUUUUCCCCCCUCCUCCCCUCCGACUUUCAAGUGCGGACGCUAGUUGUGCAAUAAAUUAACUCUCGUCGAGACGCUAUCGCGCCGAGUGAGCAGCGAAGUUUGCUAGCGCUGGAAGGAAUAUGUGAAUUCGGUUUUCUAUUAAACGCAAUAUCGAGCAUAACAAGUGUCCCCUUUGUGUACGCAUCUACCUUAAAGCAGUAAUCACAC